CGAGCAAGCCGUAGCGAACCUACGACGCGUACUCCGACUACGGCGUAGUCCGAUGCUUUCUGUUCGGACAAAAGCCCCGGUGGGUCGUGACGAUUUGUUAUUUUUUUUGUUAGAUGUGAAUAAAAGCGUUCUUUUGUGACAUCCUCUCGUGAAAGCAGACUGUACCCUUACGCUUCUUUGUUGGCGCUAGGCUGUUGUCAUGAACGUUUUAUGCAAUUUUUGAACAUUAAUUUGUCGGAUGACCAAUUGGGCCGGUUUAGACGUGGUGCGGUGAUUGAACGCAAUGUAAAUUAUUCGAGCUCACACUGUGCCACCGGACUCGAAUUGUUAUCGUCAUUUUAGGCGGUUUUUCAUUCAAGUGACAUUGUGCUGGUGUUAACUAUUAAUAAGACAUAAACAUAAAACCGAGUGAUGUAAUGGAGCUACAAAUUCAUCUAGUUCUUGUGAAGAUAGGUACGAAAGGAGGCCAGCCUUCGUCAGUAUAAAAUGUUGUGACAAACAUAAAACUUUGGAUGAUAAAGUCGGUGUUACGAAAAUGUGUUUACUAAAGAAUUUCCAAGAUGUCACGAAUAAUAGAACUUUUUUGUUUAUAAUAGUGCUGUUGUCGCUGAAGUUGUGUAGCCCGCAGGACUUGAACGAGGAAUUCGUAAACGAGGACACUAUAGACGCGUCUGACCUGAGUAUGGUUGUGCCGGUGACGAAAAUACAGUUCCCGGGGAACUCGGGAACGGGUCCGUGCAGACAUAGCGAACUGUUGUGUGACACGGGACAGUGCAUAUCGUUGGACAAGUACUGUAACGGCGAGGACGACUGCGGUGACAAGAGUGACGAGCCGAAAUCUUGCACGCCGUGCAACAGAACUUACAUGGGUGACGUGGGGCGAACAUAUGAGCUUGAAGUCAGGAGGCCUAGAGAGGAUCACCUGCCAUUCGUUUGUCACCUGAACUUUACAGCGACAGGUGGCAACUAUGGAGAUAUUAUACAGCUAACAUUUGAUACAUUCACGGUGGGGAAGUUCGUGUCGUUCACAUCGGAUGGUUGCCCCGACGGACAUAUGACGAUAGUGGAGAGGAGUCCCUCUCCCCCCACCGGUCAAUGGUGUGGGUCCGCUUGGGGAUACACAGUAUACUUCAGUGAAUCAGACUCCAUAAAUAUGACGCUGAGAUUAGACAGACUGAGUCAACAGGGUGUUGGAUACAAUUUCGACUUCAAGUUGGCGUACAAGUUCCUGAGAAGGAGCGAGGCGCGGUUGCGGUAUGGUAACGCGACGGUGGGGGCUUGGAGGGGGGAGCGCGUGCCGGGUACCUACUGCGACCGCAUCCUGAGCGAUUGCGACCUGCGCGCUUGCCGCAUCCAGUCGCCCAACUUCCCUGGAGUAUACCCUAGAAACGCUACGUGCACAUAUCGCAUUGAACACACAAAGAUUCCCGCUGACAAACACGUGUUGUUAGCAGUAAGACAAACGAACAGUCACAAAAUACAUAUCAAAGACCAAAUAGUGAAGUAUGAUAGAAGCCAACGUGUUCUGAAGAUAUGGGACCAGUGUAACGUGGUGCAAGAUUAUUUAACGGUCUGGGACGGAGCUACAAGGGAUUCGCCGGUGUUGGUCAGGCUUUGUGGAGGCGACGCAGUUCCCGAUAUCGUCAGCCGAGGGCCCAAUAUGUUGUUGGAAUUUCACACGUCGCCGUACGAUAACCCGUUCCAUCCGGUGCCUUUGAGCUAUCUACCUGGCUUCGAGCUUGAGGUGCAAGUGCUGUACGUGGACAAAGAUUCUCAUUCGUACGUGCGUGCCGAUGGGCGUUGUCGUUUUGUAUUGCGCUCUUCGGAUAAAACAAGUGGCGUACUGAAGAAUCCAAGGCACUCACUGCCGCCUAACACAUCCUGUGUGUACUAUUUUCAGGGUCGUCCCAAUGAGAUUGUUUGGGUAUCAUUUGUGAAAUACCACUCUGCGGGCACGGAGCCAGCAGGCUUUGAUCAGCAAAAGGAUUGUUCGUCCCAACUAACUAUUUGGGAUGGGGCUGCACCGGACGCAGAUCUAGAUAGAAAGUUGGACAUGUCGGACAAGAAAUCUCUCCUGGGUUCGUUUUGCAGAGAAGAGUCUCCGCGUUUGUGCGACCACGCUUUAUUAUCUAACGCAACGAGGGCCACACGGCCCUGCGCGCCAACCGAAAGCUACAUCACAUCAGGAUCUGCGUUAACAAUAUUACAGGAGCUCCGUCAAGGGUCAGCGUUGUACCCCGUGUCGUUCCUACUUCGCUACGAGUUCGUGGACGUGAGCGAGCAAGGACAACCCCUAGUCGAUUCCCGGUCUGCUUGCGACAGAGUAUUCAAAUCAGCCCAGACCUACUCCGGGAGAUUCCAAGCUCCCAGAGCAAUAUUCUACUAUGGACGAGGCGGAGCGCAAAACCUCACUUGCAUUUUAAGAUUUGAAGCCAAACCCGGAGAAAGGGUACAGUUGACUUUCACGAGCACCUACUUCGGGAACAAACAUUGUAGUACUCAUAAAGAUUCGCGGACAGGACGAUGGAAAUGUGAUAGACCAGCAAAACGGAGUAUAGGAGGCGAAGGACUUGCUCAAAUAAUAAUUACCGAAUAUCCCUGGGACGGGGUACCUAUACAAAGAGAUUGCUUGUGUACAAAUCGAUCGGAUCCUCUUAAUGUACAUACUCUUACCGCUUCGGUUGUCGAGUUAAACUUUACUGUUACUAUGAUGAACAUCACUGAAGAUUACGAUGACUUUGCUUUUGAGGGUGAGUACAAAUUCGUACCCACUGGACCAGGGGAUGAGACUGUUUGCUCGACUGGUUGGGGGAAACGGCAACUCAGGGGAAGCAGUGGGGAAAUCCGAUUAUUCGACAAAAGACAAACGCAUAUAGCCCCAGAAAUAGUAGGAGAUAGGAACGUUAUAUCCGAAAGUGUGAGAGCAGAGGUUGCAUGUGUUCACAGACCAUGGCUAAUCGAGCCAGGAGGCGAUGAAGUUACUCCGAUACAGGGGAGAUAUCUUUAUGUCAAAGUACCUGGUUAUGAAAUGACGACUACCUCACCGUUUUGUCCGACACCUAAUAGGCUCUUCAUAUAUGAAGCUAAGGACACUUCCCACUAUCGCGAAGUAUGCCCUGAUGGUCCAAAUUCGUUGGAAUUAUUCUCACCAGGCUGGUUAUCUGCUCAAACUCCUCUUGAAACUACACUGAAACCACAUGCUCGUAGCUACGUAAUCGACUUUUUACAACAUGAACAAGCUGAUUAUUCUAUCAAAUGGAUAGAACUAAUGAAAAAACCUUCAUAUGAGCCGGACCCUGAGUCUAAUUUUCUACCAGUUACAGCCUCCCUAGAAUGUCGAUAUAGCUGUCCGGAACUAAACGCUUGCAUACCAAUCGCCCUGUGGUGUGAUGGAAGCCCGCAUUGCCCUUCUGGUUACGAUGAAGAUGACUCCAAUUGCUCGUUUAGAAUAUCAUUACCCCCACCAUAUGUUGCCGCGGCUGCAGGUGCUGGUUUACUACUUUGUGCGGUUUUAGUUGCUUUAUGUGCAUGCCGGCGACGUAGAAGAAAAGACGAAGAAUUCAAGGCACGGUUAGACGGCGCCUUGCCUCCGGAAGAAAGGCCGUAUGAUCGAGCCAAAACUAACGGGGUGCCCGAGGCGGCACGUCAGUACGCCACCGUUCAAAAGUAUGCCACGAUAGAUAAGUAUAGCCUAAGCCAGAAAUAUAGCGCCGGUUUGAACGAUGCAAGAUACUACGACGAAGUGGCACAAAGGGAUAAGCUCGGAGAUACAAGGUACGCUAGCUUAGGUCGGGCGGGCCGAGGCAUGCGCGUAGACAACUCGAGAGGCACUGGUUCAAGGAGAGCGAUGCCUGACCUCGGUUAUCCAGAUCUCAAAGACGGCUUUUGUUGACCCUCUCCGGAUUUAUUAGAGACGACUGUGUAGUAACGAACAAGCAAAAUUCAGACCUGUUCAGAGAUAGCAUUUAACGUGUUUUUGUGUAAUAUUAGAAAAAAGACUGAUAUGGCGAAAGUGCCUCUCAAAAUUUUGGUCAACAGCACACUUGAUAUCAUUUAAUAUGUAUAAAAAGCAAAAAAAGAAACAACAAUAAAGGUAACAGCUGUCAAGAAUGUAGAAAUUGUAAAUAAAGAUAAUUUUAACGAUAAUCUUACUAAAACCACACUGGAAUAGUUUCUUUUACAUUGAAAGUCACAAUUUUUAUCUCAUCAAUUAACAUAUCUAUGUACAUACUAUAUAUGACAAUACAAGCUUAUUAUAAAAGGUCCUACAAAAAAUGUUAGUGAAAAUAUUCUUAACCAAUAUCUGCAUAAAUAAACGUAUGGUCAUACCAAUACAUAAUUCCAACUUCCGUUUCUAUCACUGUAACAUGUUUUGUCUGUUUUAACCAUUAGGAUGUUAUUUUACUAAAAUGUGAAUAAGACAUUUAUAACUAUUAUAUGACAAACUUUUAGACGUAAGAAUGAAAAUGUGAUAUAGGUGUAAAAAACAAACUUAAGCGUUCACGAACUGUAUGACAUUAUAAUUAAAUUCUUUGUGUAUAAAACUAGGAAAUAUAAAUUGUAACUAUGAUUAGCGAACAAUUGUAAAUAAAUUAUAGAAAUACGAUUUUUAAAGUCUGUAAUUAUUUCCAAGUAAAUGGAAAAUUAAAGUCAUUUCUAAA